CCUCUCUGUGCCGAUAACAUUUCCCCUCUCCAGGCUGUAAACAUAUGCACAGCCACCAAGUAGCGACCUCCAUCCCUAAGGGUCAACGUCAGGAAAUCAGCGAGUCUGUCUUCAUGCCUCCUUCAGGAAGCAAUAUUUCAGGGGAGGAAAACGUACUUUUCAGCUCCCAAAUUUUCCUCUAGAUGGUUAAAAGGAAAAUGCCAUCUCUCGGCUUCCACCCUGAGAAGAACGCUGCAGGGCCGCCUGGGCUUUGCUAAUAAAAGCGGAAAGUGUAAAUGGUUUGGUGAUGACUGGCUUUCGCCCUUGGACGGAGAAAUGAGAUGACGGUUUUCACAAAGGACAAGAACCGCAGCUGCCGCCACCGCGGAGUCUGCCGCUUCCUCUCCCAGAGCGGGUCCCGUAUUAUAUCACCGGUGAGCUCCUGGGGGGUGGGGGUGUGGGGGGAGCGGAGGCUCCUCCAGGGUCGUAUCCCCUGACUCCGGAGGAUAAAUACGGAGCAGCAAGGAUGUAGGGGGAGGGGGCGAGCGGGAGAGGAGAAGGAAAAAGGAGGACCACGUUUCCCACUACCCCUCCGAAUGUGAGGAGGGUGUUGCACUGGCUUCUGGUCCUUAAGCAGCCGCACCCCAAAUUUCAUUCCCGCAUCGCCCCCCCUCCAACUCCCCACCCGCCCUCAACACUCAAUUCUGACAUCCAAAGCAGCCAGGGAAGUCGCUUUGAGAGGUCCAAGGGGGACUGGGCAGAGAGGCUCUCGGGGACUGGGAGGGACCGCGACGCCCGCGCCUCCUCGGGGGAGUCGGGGGGGCGGGGGAGGCGGCCGCCACUGCGCCCCCGCCCGGCCCAGCCAGCGGUGCCUCCCCCGCCAGGCGACAGCAGCCGGACGGGGGCGGCAGAAGCGCCUCCUCCCAGUCUGGAGCCGAGACGGCGGCUCAGGGGCAGCAAGGCGCCUCACCUUGCCCCCGAUGAGGGGCGGAUCAUGCCAUGGCAGAGCCGGCGAGCGACCGCGGCGGCGGCGGCUGCGGCGAUCGGAACCCAACCAGCAGCCCCGGGAGCUCGACCGGAGCCGGGGGCACCGCGGCGCGAGCCGGGGACGGCGGGGACGCGGGAGCCCGGAGCGCAGCGGUGACGGUCCCCGGCCUCCCUCCGCUCGAGGACUACGAGUGCAAAAUCUGCUACAACUACUUCGACGCAGACCGGCGCGCGCCCAAGCUGCUGGCGUGUCUGCACACCUUCUGCCAGGAGUGCCUGAGCCAGCUGCAGCUCCGCGCCGCCGCCGCCGCCGCCGCCGCGCCUGAGCGCACGCCGCGCCCGCCACCCUGGCACGGCCCGCCCGGCGCCAUCGCCUGCCCCGUGUGUCGCCACCGCACGCCGCUGCCCGACAGCCGCGUGCACGGCCUGCCCAACAACACUAAGCUCGCCGAGGCCUUCCCGCUGGCCCUCCGCGCCGCGCACGACCCGCUGCCCCAGGACCGCCUCCCGCCGCUGCCCGCGCGCCGCCCAGCGCCCACUUCGGCCCCGUCGACCGCCGCGGCCCCUGCCCCACCGCCGCCGCAGCCGUCCUCAGAGGACGCGGCCGGAGGACCAAGCGCCCGCGCCGGCCUGCGCGCGCCGGGCAGCUACGAGAGCUGCCAGAACUGCAAGCGCGCAGCGCUCACCGCCGGCUGCGUGUGCGUUGUCUUCUCCUUCCUCUCCAUGGUGGUGCUGCUCUUCACCGGCCUCAUCUUCGUCAACCACUACGGCGGCGGCGGCGGCGGGGCCCCUCCGGGGGGCGGGGCGCCCCCUGGUGCAGCCCCGGCAGCCGGCUCGCCCUCGCCCUCGCCAGUGGGGCCCAUCUGCCUGUCGGUGGCCAGCAUCCUGGCCCUCUUCUCGGUCGUCAUCACUUGGAUCAUCUGCUGGCUCAAGUACCGGCCCGAGGGCGCCGCCUCGGGCUCUGCCGGGGGCGGUGGCGGCCCGAGGGCGCGGGCGGUGGCAGCGGCUAGCGGUGCGCGGAGGAGCGGCACGUAGCGGGGCCGCACGCUUGGCCUCGCUCGAGCACCUCUACCCCCGCGUGGCCCUAGUGGAGGGGGCCUCUGGUCCCGUGCGAUCGAGCUUCUCCGCCCUCUCCCCUUGGACCCCGGACGCGCACCCCUUCUGCACCCGGCCACUGAGGAGCCUCGGUUUUCCGCCUCUCUGGCCUUUACCGUCCACUUCGCGCUGGGCCAGAGAGGGAAACCGAAGAGGCAGGGAUCCUGGUGGGGUGUCACAUCUCCGUGGACUGUUCAAGGUCAGCCCCCUCCAUGCACCGCCCUCAUCCUCGCCAGAAUGCACAAUCAUCCCUCUCCGGAGUGCGAAGAUUCGCAAAAAGAGGAGGAAAGAGGAGUGGGACACCCAUCGCCUCGCCUGGAAGCUGGUUUUCUGAAUGCCGUGACUUGGGCGUUUCUUUAAGGGUAUGGGUGCGCGCGCGCGCAAGCCCGCAGCAGUUGUGAAUGGACCUAAGCUGUCCUGAGGAAGAACGAAUGAGAUGUGAACGUGAGAGAAAGGUCUUCCUGCCCCCCUGGAGGUCCUGGAGAGUGAGUGAGCCGGAUCGCUGAGAGUGAUGUACAACCUUCGGGGGCGUCACGCGUGGGGAGGCUGGAAAGAACAACCGCCCAGCAUCUGUGAGCAAUUGAGCAGGUGCUCAGCGCGCGUGCGCGCCCUCAUCUGCCUCCAGAUUAUUUCGAGUAGAAUGGUGGUGGAGCGCACUGGGCGGUGGAUCCUUCUGUUAGUGGCCCGACAGAGUCCAAGAAGUCCCACCUCCUGGAAACUUGUGAUCGCUUUAUUCUCGAUGUUGCUACCAGAAAGUCAUUUCAUCUUCAGUAACUGGACUCAGGGAGCUUCAAGAGCCCGUUCUCCCUUCUCUUCUCAAAACUGACUUACUGUUGCCCCCACCUGGAAGAUACUGAAAGCUAUUCGCGCAGAAUAGAAACUGUAGGCUUCCCCUGCCUUUUUUCUUAAUUUCAUUUUUAAAAUAAUUUAUUUUAGAGUAUAUAAAUCUGAAAAAUUUGUGCAUUAACAUUUCUGGAAAAGUU